UAAUAGUGCAUUGAAUUUAAAAUAAAAAGUUAAUUUUAAAUAAAGAAAAUAAAUAAAAAAAAUAAUCAACGUCUCACACAAUGAAAGCAUUUAUAUUAGCAGCCAGUAUUUUAUUACUCAGUUUCGUUAAUGUGAGUUGGGCUCAAUUCAAUAAUGGUCGUGUUCUAGAUCCACCAAAUCCGCAAUUAUGUGCUCAAAGAAUCAUACACGAAAGGACACCCGAUGGCAAAGGUUACUUUUUCUCCUGGCGUGAUCCUGCUCUGAAGGGCGUCGAAGAAGACUGGUUAACUGCUCGCAAUUAUUGUCGUCGUCGUUGCAUGGACUCUGUUUCCCUAGAAACAAGUUUAGAAAAUGAAUGGAUUAAGCAACGUGUUGUUAAUGAAAAUGUGAAAUAUAUUUGGACAUCGGGCCGUUUGUGUGACUUUAAGGGCUGCGAUCGACCGGAUUUACAACCUUCACAUAUUAACGGCUGGUUCUGGACGGCCACUUUACAAAAAUUGGCACCGACCACUGAGCGUAAUCAAGGCGACUGGUCGCCCACAGGCGGUAUAGGCCUGCCACAACCCGAUAAUCGUGAAUACAAGCAGAAUGGUGCUCCCGAAAAUUGUCUAGCUUUACUUAAUCAAUUCUACAAUGAUGGAGUCAAUUGGCAUGAUGUCGCCUGUCAUCAUAAGAAGCCGUUUGUUUGCGAAGAGAACGAUGCUCUAUUAAAAUAUGUACGCUAUACUAAUCCUCAGUUGCGAAUUUAAGAUAUCUACGGCUUAAAAAAACAAAACAGAAGACUAAUUUCAGCUAUUCAGCUAAGCGAAGAAGUAAAUAAAUACUUAAAAAAGAAAAAACAAAAAAAAAACACCAAAAAAUGGUACUUUCUACAAAUUUCUUCUACGUUCAUUUAUUUUUGUUUUAGUUUCCAUUUCUGUAAAAAUUUCGAAUGAAUCUAUCGUAAACGCUUGUCUUAUAAAAACUAUUUGUACGAUUUCACUUA